AUGGAGACUUUUUGCAAUGCAGAACAUAUUCCCAGAGCAAGAUGCAACACGUGGCCGAUACAACAACCCUCUAACUAUGCCGGUGUUGUCCAGAAGCCAAAGAAAGAGAUGCAGAAAUAUGGAUGCCGGAACAAUCCAUGGGGAAACCGAAGCUACGCCGAAUUAAUAACUGAGGCGAUAUGUUCAUCACUCGAACGUCGAAUGACUCUAGCUCAGAUCUACGAAUGGAUCAUCUACAAUGUGCCUUAUUUUAACCAAAAGACAGACAGUAAGUUUUCGGCUGGUUGGAAGAAUUCGGUAAGACACAAUUUAUCAUUGCACAAUCGUUUCAUGAAAAUGCAGAACGAAGUGCAAGGGAAGCCUUCCUGGUGGAUUAUUAAUCCGUCUGAACCAAAUGGGAAGACCAGAAGACGUACAGCUUCUGUCACUAAUAAUUGUAUGGGUAUGAGACCGAAAGCGAAGUGUAGAAUCGAUUCAGAUCAGAUAAACAUACAACAAAUUAAGAAAUUUUUACAAUCUCCACAUAGUUCUGAAGAUAUCUCUCACAAUUUCUACACACAGCAACAACAAUUUAAUAGUAUACCUACUAAUGAGAGUUGGCAUCAUCAAGCAACGCCGAAUACUAUUGUUGCACAACACCAAAUAACAAAUUCGGAAAAUAUCCAUGAGUUCUUUGGUACUUUUAAUAUAAACAUCCAGCAAAACCCUAAUUAUACGAUUUUUGAUCGAAAUCAGAUUCAGACUUUAGAAGACAUUGAAGAAAUUAUUAAUACCGAUCAGAAUACCGUCGAACCUAAUUGUUACAAUAAGACUUUGUGGAUGAUUUAG